AUGUCAAGGUCAAAUAAGGGCAUCAGAGAUAUGAUAAAGGAUAGUAGAGUUGGAUCGGAGGUGAGAGUACCUUCUUCACACUCCAGCUCAAACAAUCUUACUGGAGGCAUUCUAAGCAGUGCGAGUAUGAGCAACGCAAAGAUGGCAAAAAUAAGUUCAAAUGCUGUUGGGUAGAAGGAAUCUACGGUACUAGCAAAUUCAGUUAUGAGUGGUACUGGUAACUAUCUUAAAUAGAAAAACAUGAAUGACUUUGGAGGAGAGUUUAACAAGGAUGUUGAAAAUGUUAAUAAGUUAUCUUCAGCAACUUCAAAGCUCUUUGGAGGAAAUGCAGGUGGGGCUGGUGAUAUUGAAAAUUUCUUACCUGAUAUAAAGGAUCCAAGGAUAUUGGGCAAUGAACUGAGAAGAAUUAUAGAGGAAUAAAGAAAAGAAUUAGAACAUCGAAAUUCAACUGUUCAAGCAUUACAGAGAAAUUUUGAGUCACUAUCAGCACUUUGCAUAAACGAAAGAGCAGAGAAAACUAAUUUAUAGAAAAUGAAUGAGCAGCUAAAGCAAGAAAAUAAAGAAUAUGCUCAGUAGAUUGUUAACCAAACAGUAAAAAUAGAAUAGCUUACAAAGGAUCUUGAUGCUAUAAUGAAAGAAAAAAAGAAGUUUGAGAAACUUAAAGAUGAAUUUGCAAGUGUCAAGUCAUAAUUAGAUUCAGCUAAAACUUAAAUCGAAGCAAAAAGUCAAAAAAUUGAAUAAUUAUCGAGUGACAACAGCUCACUGCGCUCACAAAUCAGAGACUUAAAAGAAAAAUACAGUGAAUUCGACAAUUAGCUUAAGGAGUAAGAGAAGUUAAGAGAUGAUCUUAGACAUUAAUUGAAAGAGAGUGAAAGAAAUAAUGAAGUCUUAAAGGCUGAGAUAAAAAAACUUCAAAUGCAAAUUUAGGAUAGAGAUCAAACCAUAACUCAAUAUAUCAACUAGGUUGAUGAAAUGAAAAACAGCAUUAAUGAUUUAAAUGAAAAGUUAAAUAAAAAGAUCAAUCUUAUAAGGGAGUUUGAAGCAGACAUUGAACGAGAAAGACAACUGAAAAGGGAAGUAGAGAAGCAGCUCAAGGACCUCAAAGCCAGCCAAGAUUCUUCAAAUGUCCUAAUUAAAACAUCAUAGCAAAGCCAGGAUGAACUUAGGAAUAAAAUUAGUGAAUUAAUGAAAAAGAUUUCUCAUUUGGAAAUAGAUAUCGAGAGAGUCAAUGAAGAAAAGUAAAAGUUGUAAAAAGAGUUGGAUGAACAAAAAGAACUUUUUAAGAGAGGAGCUGGAGAUCUCUAAAAAGAGUGUUAAUAGAAGAAAGAGAGAAUUGCUGAAUUAGAGAGAAGACUCAAAAACCAAGAUGAUGAUAUCAUAUCUCUUUAGAGAUCAUUAGGAGAUUUACAGGAUUUGAGGACUAAGUAAAAUGAUGAGAUUUUAAUUCUCAAAGAAUAAGUAGAUUAAAGAUUAAAAAUGAUUGAGACAUUAUAAAAAUAGAUUUUAGAUAUUCAAGCAUAAAAAGAAGACUAACUUAGCAAUUAAAGAACUGAGUAUAUGAAUGCAAUUAAUUAGUAAAAGCAAGAGCUGUAGACUAUAAGAUCCCAAUUAAAGCAAAAGGAAUCAGAUAUUUAAGGUCAUUUAGCUAAAAUUGCAAGUCUUGAGAAUCAUUUAGAUAACUUGACAAAUUAAUCUUCAGAAUUAGGCACAUAUUAAAAAUAAAUGUAAGACAAAUUAGAUGCAAUGACUGAUGAGAAUGCUAAUCUUUAAACUAAAAUCUCAGCCUUAGAAUUACAGCUUCAGGAAUAUAAAGAUUAAGUUGAUUAAAUGAAUAGCAAGCCGACAACAAACAUUGAUGAAGUUGCCCUUUUAAGACAAUAGUUGGAAAAAGAACUCCAGAAUUUCAGAACAUUAGAGAAACAAAAAUCUGAAUAGAAUUCUAAAAUGGAAUAAAUGAUAAAGGAAAAGAGAUCAAUGGAAGCUGAAAUUUCGUAGCUUAGAUAAGAAAAGAAAGAUCUAUUAAAGGAAAAGCAAGAAUUCGAGAAAAAAUCAGCUUACACUUAUGAAAGGCUUGAAGAUGCCAUGAAGAAAAUAGGUCAAUUGGAAAAAGAUCUUGAACUUUAAGAUGAAGUAUUGAAAAAGAGACAUAAUGAAAUAAAUAACUUGCUGAAGGAAAACACCAAUUACAAGAAUUAAUUAGAUAACAUAAGAAGGCUUUAUGGUGAUCUUGAUGAAAUUGAAAACAGACUAAAAAUUGCCACUUUGAAGGAGGAAAAAAUAAACAACCUACUAGCUAAGUUAGAUCAUGUGAUGAGCUCGACAGAAAAUAAUCUUAGUUGCUACUCUUGUAUGGGUCUCCUUCAAGAUCCUGUGAUACUUGCCCCUUGUGGUCACACAUCCUGCAAGAAGUGCUUAACUAGUGAUACUUGCCCUGAGUGUGAUAAGAAAUUCAAAGUCCAAGUCCCAUCAAAACUUAUUGGAGAUUUAGUAAAUAAGUAUCAAUUUAAGAAAGACGCCAUUCAAACGUUUAGAAGUGAAUCAAUUUGGAAGAAUAUUUUAGACUCUAAGUAAUGA